AUGACUGACUUCACCUACCAGGGUGAGGAUUUCGAAGACAAGGUUGUAAAGCAAGUGGAAUUCUACUUUUCCGAUUCCAAUUUGCAGACCGAUAAGUUCUUGUGGAAAAUAUACGAAGCUAAUGACGGAUGGGUAGAAUUGAAGACCUUAAUGACUUUUGGUCGUAUGAGACAAUACAGACCGGAAGAGAAAGUUAUUGCGUCAUUGAAAAACUCGGAAAAAUUGGUACUCUCUGCCAAUGAAGAGCUGAUCAGAAGGAAGGAUCCAUUAAAGGACUUGAACGAAUUAAAGACCAUUAGAAAGAGGAACACGGUACACAUCGAAGGGUUCCCACACGAAUUGAGCCAAGAACAAGUUGAGUCUUGGUUCAACGAAAAAAUUGCAGCUGUUUUACCAAAGAAGGAAGCUGCACCAUUCAACUCCAUUAGAAGAAUUAGAACAAGACAAGACAAAAAGUUCUUCGGUGUUGUAGACGUUGAAUUUAAAAAUGGUGAAGAUGCUGAAUAUUUCUUGAAGGAAAUUGAAGUCAGUUAUCCAGCUGGUGUUGCCGAGGCCUCCGAGAAGGCAGAAGAAGGAGCCGUAGUAGAAGAAGAAGAAGAAGCCGUUGCCGAUGAACCUGCUGAAAGUGAAAUUACUACCACCUCAUCGGAAGAAAAGUCCGACAAAGUUGUUGACAAAAAAUCUAUUUUGAGAAAGAUGUCCUUAUUGACAUUCCAAGAAAUGAAGGAAAGUGGUAAGAGAUUUGGUGUAAAUGAUGUCACUAAGAGACGUAACAGUUUCAACGACAACAGAGGUAAGCGUUUCAACAAGGGUGGAAACAAGAAGUUUAGAAAGAACGACAACAGGGAAAGAAAGGAAGGCUCAGAAUCUGAAUCCAAGUCUGAACCAGAACAAAAGGCUGCUGAGACUGCAGUCGAAUCAAAUUAA